AUGACAUGGACUAAAGAUCAUGAUGUGCUACUUUGCCGUGAAAUUCUGGCAGAGGAGCCUUAUCAAAAUAAGCAUGGGUCAAGGGAAAGGGGGAAAUGCUGGGACAAAAUUGCAGAUGCAUUAAAUGGAGUAGAAAGGCCAAAGUUCAGUGUUGAUCAGAGAGCUGUUAGGGACAGAUUUGUAAAAUUAGAAAGGAGGUUUAGAAGGAGAAUGAACGAAGAAAUGAGGGCUAGUGGGGUAGCACCAGAACCCAGUGAGCUAGAUGAAGCAAUGGAGGAUAUUUUGGAAAGAAAAGACAGUGCAGAGCAGCAGCAAGCAAAGUGUGAUGAUGGUAAGAGACAGGCAACAGGGGCAGAGAAGGAAAUGGCACAGGCUGUGAGGAAAAGGGCUAUGGAGAGUCUCUCAGAAACUAAGGCAAGAGAAUGUUCUAAGAGGAAAAAGGGUGGUGAGACAAGUGAGUAUGUUGGGUACCUGAGAGAGAAACGUGAAUCAAACAUGAAACUGAGAGAGAGUGAAGUUAAUUUGGAAAGAAAGAAAGUUGAAAUAAAGGAAAGAAAGUUGGACCAAGAAACUGAGUUGAGAAAGAGAGAACUUGAGUUGAGGGUGAGGGAGAUAGAGGUGAAAGAGAAAAGUCAAGAAUUAAAGGCAAGGGAGCAUGAACAAUUUGAAGAGAAGUUUAAAGUAUAUGAGGAACAGCAAAAGAUGAUGAAUGCUCAAAUAGCGUGCAUAAAAAAUAAAUUGACAAUUAUUGAGGAACAAAAUUUAACUAUUUUAAAAAUAUUAGAAAGAUUUGAAAAGUAAUAUUGUUUGCUGAUAUUUGCUUAAUUGUAUUAAAAAAGUCAAAAGGUAAAAUUAUGUUGAAUUUUUUUAUUCUAAAUUCUUUUCCAACUCAUUUCAUAGAGAAAUAUUGGAUAAUUGAUCUCAAAUUUUAACUCUGUACAAAUACAAAUGUUUGGGUAUCUUCUCGUGCUCCAUCCAAAAGAGUUGUAAAUAAGCACCACCCCUCCCCCCUCUAAAACACAGAUUUGUAUAAAUAUGGUACAGUAACAUCACUUAUGAAAGUUUUGAUUAUCUCUAUUCAGUGCUAUUUAUUUAAUUGGUUGUUUCAAAUAAGUUAAUCUUCAAUUUCAGUUUAAAAAGCAGGUACUUUUUGCCUUAAAAAUAUUUUUUUCUUGCCUGUGAUUAACAAUUUAUUUUCCUGUUUGCCUUUUCACUUACACUAUGCUACAUGUCUUUUCAAAAGAUUCUUUAAGUUUGAGAAACAGGCAAACAAAACCAGGACCUUGAUUUGAAAGUGAAUAUUUCUAUAAUUCUUUGUCAUGUGGUCAAGAGAUUGAUGUUUAAAUUUUUAAGUGAAACCUAGGAACGAUCAAGUCAAGUAUUAAUGGUUAAAAAUAUUCAAAAUGACAAAAUUUUGGAAUCUGUUAAAGCUUUUGUUUUUUUUACAUACUUUGGUACCCAAAAGGUUUGAUCAUUACUUUUUAAAUAUUCUACAGCAGGAAUGCAUCCUAUGGUAGUUACAAAAAAUUUUCCUUUCCAUGAUUUCUUUAAAGAGAAAACAAAACAGAUAAUCGUGUGCUGUGUGAAAGAAAAGGAAAACUUAGAAUUCUUGGUAGCUUUUACAAAAGCUGUUUUUUAGAUCUUUGAUUGGUACAACCUACUGGAAAUACUCUUCGAUAGUUGGAGGAUCGACAUCAAAAAAUUUUGAGGUGUUGUUGCCAUAUAAACAUGUCAAUCCGUUGCGUAGCAAUGCACACACCAUGUAGAUCUUGCCAACUGCGCUCAAACCAAUUUUAAGAUCUUUUUUAAAAUCUGUGAAUUUAAAGUAAUUCACAAUAUCUCCAAAUACCCACUCAACAGAAAUUCUAACUUGACUCAUUGAUUGGUUAAAUGCCUCUUCCUCUGGAGUAAGGUCAGCCCUUCUGGCAAAUGGGCAUUGGAGAUGCACUCUGUGGGGAUAAGCUGGGUCACCAUAAAGACACAAUGCUUGGCCAGUUGGGGAAAAUGAAUGAUGUUCCAGAUCAUGCAAGAGGCCUGACAUAUUUAACAUGCCACUGUCAUGUCUUCUUCCCUCAACUGGACCAAAAAGAUUUGCAAUGAGACCAUUGGGAGUCACAACUGACUGGAACUUAAGGGCAUGAACCCGUUUGUGUCCAUUGUAAACUUCCCUCUGGUUGUCCUUGGGCCUACAAAUCGGUCUUACUGUGCCAUCAAUGAAUCCCCAGCAGUUAUCCAAUGCAGCACCUCUGUUGUGAAUUGCCUGUGCGUACAUCUUCAGGUGUUGUGGGGAAAGCCAUGGCUGGUUCAGGUUUUGAAGCCGGUCAGAAAAUGAAUCAUAUAAAAAAUUAACAACAAGGUUAGUUAUCAUGCAAAGUUGAGGCACGGAUCUUCCAAACCUUGGUAUCAGGUCUGCAUAUCUGCAUGGGUACGCAAAACGUUUCAGGCAAACACAUAGUGCUUCAACUGGCCCCACUACCACUCCAUUUGAGCACUUAAAAACAUCUGGAAGGUGUAAUGCAGCAGCGAGCCUAGCUAUGUCUUGUUUCUUAAACCGAAACUCGACCUCACAUUCGUCCUCUCGCAUCCCAUCCAGAUUAAAACGUUCAUAUUUCCAAUAUGGAAGUCCAACAUGCAGGUUUCCGUGUCUAUUUGCCUCAUGAAAAGCAAGGAAUUCGUCAUCAUCGAUCUCGCCGUCAUCGUGCAUGAGAACUAACAUUUCCUCCUCCAUUUUCGAUAUAAAAUCAAUUUUGGCGCCUAUUCUGAGUCGUCUUCCGCAUUCGUAACUUAAAUUGAACACGCGAAUAAGGGCCCCUCAACUCAGUUAGUACCCAGACCUCCAUGAGCCGUCCUCACUUGAGUCGUCUUGAAUCGGAAACUCUCUAUUAUCGCCAAAAAUGGUUUGGACAAAAGAGCAUGAUCUUCUGUUGGUACAGGAAGUUUUGUUAACCAAACCAUUUAAUUUCAAACAUGGUUGUAGGGAAAGGGGAAAUGCUCGGGAUAAAGUUGCAGAGUCUCUUAAUGUAGUCAAGGAGCUAAGGUUUUGUGUAGACCAGAGGGGCGUCCCGGAGCGAUAUGCGAAGCUUGAGAAGGCCUUU